UGGCGCAAGCACCAGAACGCGAUGCGCACCAAGUUCCCCGCCGGCUGGUCGCCGCCCAAGCGCCUCUCGCGCGAGGCCAUGGACCUCGUGCGCACGCUCGCGCGCUCCGACCCGGCCCAGUACACGGUCGCGCGCCUCGCCGACCGCUUCAAGGUGUCGCCCGAGGGCAUCCGCCGCAUCCUCAAGAGCAACUUUGAG